AUGUUGACCAGCGCUCCGACCGCAGCCCUCGUGGCCCUUGUUGCCGGCCUUGUUGCCCCAUCUCUGGCCCAGUCCAUCGCCGAAAUCAACGGCAACAAGUUCGUUUCGCCGCUCAAGGACCAGGCCGUCAAGAACGUCACUGGAGUUGUCCUUGCAAAGGGCCCCAACGGCAUCUGGCUCCGGUCAAACGAGCCCGACAAUGACCCUCUGACCUCGGAGGCCGUCUACGUCUUUGACCGCAACGUCGGCGCAAACCUGUCGGUAGGCGAUCUGGUCGUUCUCGACGGCCGCGUGCUGGAGUACAGGUCCGACAGCAAGCACUUGUUCCUCACCGAGGUCACCACCACCACAAACGUCAGGAAGCUGUCGUCGGGAAACCCGGCCGUGCCCCUGGUCAUUGGCAAGGACACAUCGGCCCCGCCGACCGAGCAGUACACUAGCCUCGACAAUGGCGACAUUUUUGCUACUCCCAACGCAGCCGCGCUCUUGACCGAGGCGAACCCGGUCUUGGACCCUACCAAGUACGGCCUCGACUUCUGGGAGAGCCUCAACGGCGAGUUGGUCACCGUCCGGGCCCCCGUGGCCCUCAAUCGUCCCAACAACUAUGGCGACAUCUGGGUGGCAGGCGACUGGCCAACCACGGGCCGAAAUGCCCGCGGUGGUCUGACGAUGCGCGACGUCGAUGCCAACCCGGAGGCCAUUCUGAUUGGCACCCCGCUCGAUGGGACCAAGAACCCGUCCGACACCAAGCUCGGUGACAAGAUGACCGAGGUCACCGGCAUCGUCACCUAUGCCUUCGGCUUCUACCGCAUCCUGCCCCUUACCGCCAUCCGCGUGGAUACCCCCACCCCGUACAACCCGCGCAACUCGACGCUCGCCAGCAAGGGCAGUUGCAGCGGCGUGACGGUGGGCAUCUUCAACGUCGAGAACCUGUGCCCCUCUUCUGCCCAUCUGCCGGCCGUCGCCGCCCAGCUCGUCGACGCGCUCCAGACUCCGGAUCUUGUCUUCCUGCAAGAGGUCCAGGACGACAGCUGCGCCACCAACGACGGGGUCGUCGACGCCACCAACACCCUCAAGGCCCUCAGCUCCGCCGUCUCCAACCUCACCGACGGCAAGGUCGACUACAGCUGGGUCGAGAUCGCUCCCGUCGACAACCAGGACGGUGGCCAGCCCGGCGGCAACAUCCGCGUUGCGUAUCUUUACAAGCCGUCCAUCCUGACCCUGGCGGAGCCGACAAACACCACCGGCACCGCCGCCGAUGCCAACGAGGUGCUGCCGGGCCCCACGCUCAAGUUCAACCCGGGUCGGAUCGAUCCUGCUAACGGUGCCUGGGCUGCCACGCGCAAGCCCCUCGUCGCCGCCUGGAAAGCCCUCAAUGCCACCAAGCCCUUCUUCACUGUCAAUGUUCACUUUAGCUCCAAGGGCGGCAGCUCGUCGUUGCACGGAGACCUGCGCACCCCUGACAACGGCGCCGUAGAGAAGCGGACGCAGCAGGCACAGGUGACUGGCGAGUUCAUCGCCGAGAUCCUAGCCGAGGACCCGGAGGCGCAAGUCAUCGCGGCCGGAGACUUCAACGAGUUCAUCCCCGUGUCCCCGCUGCAAACCUUUAUGAAGACCUCUGGCCUGUUGGACCUGGACGAGGUGGUGGGCAUAGCCCCUGAGGAGCGGUACUCGUACCUCUUCGACAUGAACACGCAACAGCUCGACCACACCUUUGUCAGCCCCUCGCUGUCCGUCAGCACGCCCUGCAGCCGCCGCUCCAGCUUCCAGCACCUCCACGUCAACACCUGGGCGGACAGGGCCGGUGAGGUGUCGGACCACGACCCCAGCGUCGGUCGGUUCAACGUGUGUGCUUAG